AUGGCGCAGUUGCUCAAGAGCUAUCUAGGCCUGGGCCGGGCCACGACUGCCGACGACGACAGUGCCCCAGUCAGGGCGCUACCGGCCUCAUGGUAUACAUCCCAGGAGAUGUAUGAGCUGGAGAGGAGGGCCAUCUUUUCCAAGAAGUGGCUUCUCACAACACACAAGCACCGGAUCCCGGAACGCGGAGACUGGAUACGGUAUGAUGUUGCUGGCUUCGACUUCAUCAUCUGCCAAGAUCGUGAUGGCAACAUCAACGCCUUUCACAACGUCUGCAGACAUCGCGCCUUUCCCAUUGUCACUGAAGACAAGGGCAACAACUUCAUGUUCUCCUGCAAGUACCACGGAUGGUCGUACGGUCUCAACGGCAAGCUCGCCAAGGCACCAGGCUAUCAAGACAUGCCAGGCUUUGACAAGUCUAAGAACAACCUCUUGCCGGUACACGUUCAUGUCGAUGACAAGGGGUUCAUUUGGGUGAAUCUCGAUGGCGGCGCAAAGCCCGAGAUUUCAUGGGAGGAUGACUUCGCCGGCAUCGACAAGCAGACCAGGUUUCAGUACUACAACUUUGAUGAGUAUCAGUUCGACCACACCUGGGAGAUGGAAGGCGAGUACAACUGGAAGAUUCUGGCGGACAACUACAACGAGUGCUACCACUGCAAGACAACACACCCCGACAUCCCGACCAUCGCGGAUCUCAGCUCUUACUGGGUGGAGACCAAUGGAGGACACAUUCAACACUUUGGCAGUCCCACAGAAGAGCAAAUCGCGAAGGGUUUCAGAGUAGCCGCGACCUAUUACUUCCCUAACUCAUCGUUGAACAUCUCGCCGCACUUCUUCUUCAUCCAGAGGUUCGUCCCGAGCGGGCCGACAACAUCGGCAAUGAGGUAUGAAGUCUACAGGAACAAGAACUCCAGCGAUGAGGACUUUGGCGUCAUCGACGCCAUGUACAAGCGAAUCAUGUCCGAGGACAAGUACCUGUGCGCAAAUGCACAGAAGAACCUGAAUGCUGGCGUUUUUGUCAAUGGAGAGCUGCACCCCAAGAUGGAGAAGGGGCCGCUCUUCUUCCAGAAGUCGGUCCGGGAUCUAGUUACGUCUCAUCACAAGCGAGAGGUGGAGGCGGGCUGUGAGAUAUGGCCAGCUCGACAGACGCUGCCGGCGGCAACCCAGGCCAGCGAGGAUGUCAACUUCUGCUCAGCGGUGGACUGCUGCAGAAUCCCCAAGGAGAUUACGGUUUGA